AAGACAACAAAUAUGGUGCAGUGUAUACUGCUCUGGUGAUGGGUGCACCAGGUUCUCACAAAUCUCUACGAAAGAACUUACUCCUGUAACCAAAUACCACCUGUACCCCAAUAACUUAUGGAAAAAUAUUUUUGUUAAAAAACAGAAAGAAGUAUUUUCCAUUUUCCUCAGUGCUAAGUUUAUAGUCUGCCACUGUGCACCCUUAUAAAUUUAAUGAUCCUUAUAUCUAAAUGAGACAUUUUCAUUAAACUUUUCCUAUUUCAUUAGAAAAAUAUGUUAAAGUGUGUUAAUAGUGAUUUUAACAUCAAAACUUGCCUUUAACUAGAGGGCUCUAAUUCUGGCUCUGCAAUACCUAUUACAUGUCUAUAAUUACUAUUAAUGUUAUUCACCAAUUUUUCCUAGUUUUCCAUCCUCUGUGCACAUGCCAAGACAGCACUUCCUGACCCUGCUGUGGUUGAAUGGGUACAUAUGAUUAACUUUGGUCAAUGAGCUGUGAGUAAAAGUGGCAAUGAGUUACUUACUUUUGGGCUAGAGCCUGUAAUUACCUACUUAAGACCAUCUAGAGCUCUCUUUUCCUCUAUCACAAUGAUAAUCAAAAUUCCAGAGCGUGACCACUGCAUCAGCCUGGGUUUAUGAGUGAGUAUAGCAUGAGACAGACCCUCAAUACAUUUGAAGUGCAAGAGAAAUAAAUCUUUAUUAUUUAAACCAAGAUAUGUCAAUCAUUUGUUACAGAAGCAUAAACUAUCUUAACUUGAGGGACAGCUUAUUCUUCAACAAGUCACUUUUCCUCUCUAAUUUUUAAUGUCAUCAUUUGAUUUAACAAAUAAAAGGGAAAAAAUUAACAUUUAGCGAAUAUCUCUUAAGUAUAAGUUGCUUCGUUAUAUAUAAUUUAAUUUAGUCUUCUCAAUGACUAUAAAAGGUAUUAUCCCCUGCAAAAAUAUUCCUAAAUCCAAAGAAAUCUCUCAACUCCACUACUCAAAGAAUCCAAGCCACUACUAUGUCUUAGGACUAGCCUCUUACCUACCUUCUGUUAAAAUUUCUCCCUCAUUAAUUCUCCAGUGCAAAAUAUUUUAAAGACUUCUCCCUGCAGUUUGAAUCAGAGGCAAACUCUCUUCCAUGACCUAUAAGAGUUUACAUGAACUUGCACCUGCCAGCCACUCCAAUCUAAUCAUUCAUACUUUGCUGACCACUUAUUAAAUUCCAGUUAUUCUGGUCUUCCUGAUAUUUUUAAAACAUGUCAAGCUUGUUUCUGCCUCAGGACCUUUGCACUUGCAAUUGCUUUUGCUAAGUAAUACACUUCCCUUAGCUCUUUCAUGACUGACUCAGCUAAAGCGACAUCCGAGAUAAGUUUUCUUUCACCAUCCUUGAUAAAUAAUUAUUUAUCAAUUACUAUCUGAAAUUAUAUUAAUUUAUACAUUUACUUGUGUGUUUUCAGAAUUCCCUACUGUAAGAAAAGCUCCACUAGGGCAGAGACCUUGUCUUGCUUGUACACUGAUGUUUCUACAAAGCUUAGAAUAUUCCCUGGCAAAUAGUGAAUCCUCAAGAAGUUAUUUGUGGAACACAAUCGAAUCAAUGAUGCAGAUAAGGAAAUGAGCCUUUAAGAGUUUGGGUAACUGUCCAACUUUCCUAAAUUUCUAUGAGUGCUCCUAAUUCUGAAGUCCGUUUGCCUUUUGCUUACAGCAAAGCUCUGCUAAGAGACUGAAGUGUCAGGUAGCAGUCAGAGCUAGGCACUGUGCACGUGCCCUUUCAGGCUUUGGUUUUGGAUGCAGUCAAAACCAAAAACUCUCGUUAAUCAUGUUAUCACAUUAAUCCCCAGAGAACCCUGAAUUUCCAGUGGAACAAGAUAACUUGAGAAAUCUAUUGAUUUCCUAUGUUCAUCCUGCUGUACAGCUGACAAGGAUUGGUGGAGACUGGUAUUCUUUUGCCCAUGACCCUGCAACUUUGAUUUCUAUGUCCGCCCAGAUUCUCACAAUUUUGCAACAUGCAUUGCUCAAAAUGCCCAUCCAUGAAGUCAGAGUGGUUUCUUCUGUGUCAGCUCUGCCUUCCCAGCUCCUUCCCACUCAGAAAGAGGUCUCUGCCUCCUCCCCUGUUCCCUGACACAAAGCCAGCACUCCUCUCUUCUGGUGCAGCCUGACACACUCUCAUUGGCCCUCAGCCUGUGAAGGGGAGGGGCUUGUGUCUCUGGGACUCUUCAAAAGGGAUCGGUGGUCCAGGCAGCCUACCUCUGAGGCUGAAACAUUUACUCUCUCCCAGCCUUCCUCACUAAGCCUGUGAUUUUCCUGACUGCUUUCUCUCUCUCUCUCUCCCUUUUUUUUUUUUUUUUUUUUCCUGGCUCAGCUUGAAACAGAGCCUCGUACCAGGGGAGGCUCAGACCUUGGAUUUUAAUGUCAGGGAUGGAAAAACUUCAGAAUGCUUCCUGGAUCUACCAGCAGAAACUGGAAGAUCCAUUCCAGAAACACCUGAACAGCACCGAGGAGUAUCUGGCCUUCCUCUGCGGACCUCGGCGCAGCCACUUCUUCCUCCCCGUGUCUGUGGUGUAUGUGCCAAUUUUUGUGGUGGGGGUCAUUGGCAAUGUCCUGGUGUGCCUGGUGAUUGUGCAGCAGCAGGCUAUGAAGACACCCACCAACUACUACCUCUUCAGCCUGGCGGUCUCUGACCUCCUGGUCCUGCUCCUUGGAAUGCCCCUGGAGGUCUAUGAGAUGUGGCGCAACUACCCCUUCUUGUUCGGGCCUGUGGGAUGCUACUUCAAGACGGCCCUCUUUGAAACCGUGUGCUUUGCCUCCAUCCUCAGCAUCACCGCCAUCAGCGUGGAGCGCUACGUGGCCAUCCUACACCCGUUCCGCGCCAAGUUGGAGAGCACCCGGCGCCGGGCUCUCAGGAUCCUCGGCAUCGUCUGGGGCUUCUCCAUGCUCUUCUCCCUGCCCAACACCAGCAUCCACGGCAUCAAGUUCCACUACUUCCCUAAUGGGUCCCUGGUCCCAGGUUCGGCCACCUGUACGGUCAUCAAGCCCAUGUGGAUCUACAAUUUCAUCAUCCAGGUCACCUCCUUCCUAUUCUACUUCCUCCCCAUGACUGUCAUCAGUGUCCUCUACUACCUCAUGGCACUCAGACUAAAGAAAGACAAAUCACUUGAGGCACAUGAAGGGAAUGCAAAUAUUCAAAGACCCUGCAGAAAAUCAGUCAACAAGAUGCUGUUUAUCUUGGUCUUAGUGUUUGCUAUCUGUUGGGCCCCAUUCCACAUUGACCGACUCUUCUUCAGCUUUGUGAAGGAGUGGACUGAAUCCCUGGCUGCUGUGUUCAACCUCGUCCAUGUGGUGUCAGGUGUCUUAUUCUACCUGAGCUCAGCUGUCAACCCCAUUAUCUAUAACCUACUGUCUCGCCGCUUCCAGGCAGCAUUCCAGAAUGUGAUCUCUUCUUUCCACAAACAGUGGCACUCCCAGCGUGACCCACAGGUGCCACCUGCCCAGCGGAACAUCUUCCUGACACAAUGCCACUUUGUGGAGCUAACCGAAGAUAUAGGUCCCCAGUUCCCAUGUCAGUCAUCCAUGCACAACUCUCACCUCUCAACAGCCCUCUCUAGUGAACAGAUGUCAUGAAGAAACUAUCAAAGCUACCACUUUCACAAAACCUGAAUUCUUUCAGAGCUAACUUUCCUCUAUGCCUCAGAACUUCAGAGAGGAACAUCCCAUAAUGUAUGCCUUCUUAUAUGAUAUUAGAGAAGUAGAAUGGCUCCUACAACUCAUGUAACAAUUGCUAGUUUUUGUGUUUGUUUGUUUGUUUUUUUAAUAAAUGUGAAAACUCAGAGUUAGAUCUGGGUUCAAAACCCAGAACUGCCUGAUUUUUAGUUCUCUUUUCAUUAUUCUAACUGCCUUGUGCCUCUCACUAGUUCAUGUCAAGAACAUGACUGGAAAAGCAUGGCACCUAUACCUUGAUUAAUUUCCAUUAUUGGAAUUGGUUUGGCCUGAGUCAUCUACAUUCCGAGUCAGACUGUCACUCCUGCUACCAAUGGCCACUGUAAGCCAAAGAAGGAAGAUGUGUACAUACUGUUCUACUUUAUGUGAUGUGAGAAGCCCACAUCAGUGUCCCUUGGCAGCAGUCUACAGGCGUACCUUGUUUUAUUAUGCUUAAUUGUAUUAUGCUUCUCAAAUAUUGCACUUUUUAAAAAAUUGAAAGUUUGUGGCAACGCACUGGCACCUUUCUUCCCAAAAGCAUGUGCUCACUUCAUGUCUCUGUGUCAAUUUUCAUAAUUCUAACAAUAAACUUGAUUAUUAUUCUAUGCGCUUAUGGUGA